UUUCUGAUGGACUUUAUAUUCUGGACCAGCGCCCACAUAUCUUCCCGUCUUUUUUCUUCUAAACUCAAUUUAUUAAAAACAUAUUUCUACGAAUUACUCACACCCACAUUUUUCUCCACGCAUUUUUUACACACACAAGUCAACUUAAGAGCCGCCUGUACGAACUAAACCUCAGCACUCAGCGAUCAUUAGACAUGUCAACAGCCAACGAACUCAAAGCACAGGGAAACGCAGCGUUUGCUGCCGGAAAGCACGACGAGGCGAUCAAGCUCUUUACACAGGCCAUUGAGCUUGACCCCCAAAACCACGUUCUGUACUCAAACCGGUCGGCGUCGCUCGCAUCGCUGAAAAAGUACGAAGAGGCGCUCGCUGACGCUGAAAAGACAGUUGAAAUCAAGCCCGACUGGCCCAAGGGUUACAGCCGCAAGGGUGCCGCACUGUUCGGCCUGCAGCGGAUGGGCGAGGCAAGGGAGACGUAUGAGGCUGGUCUCAAGUACGAUCCAGAGAACGCGCUGCUCAAGAAGAGCCUGAACGACACCAAAGCUGCGCAAGAAGCUGCCACCGAACAGUUUGGCGACAUUGCUAGCCAGUUUAGCAAUGUUUUCAAGGGCAACGUGCUGGCGAAGAUUGCAGCCAACCCUAAGACCGCGCCGUUCCUUGCCGAUCCAGCAUACGUCAACAAGAUCAAUGCUAUCCAGGCCAACCCGGAUAAGCUCAGCGAGUAUUACGAUGAUCAGCGGAUCACCAUGACCAUGUUUGCGCUCAUGGGCCUGGGUGACGUCUCCUUUGGCGGACCGGGCGACAUUCCCGAGCCUGCCGAGUCUCGACCAGCACCUGCAUCAUCAUUCUCGGCUGCCCCGGCCACAUCUACGUCUGCGCCCAAGAAGGCAAGCCCCGAGUCCGCGCAGAAGCAGGACGAGGAGAUGGAGGUUGAAGAGGAUGAGGAGUCUGAGGAGGACAAGGAGGCCGCUGCCAAGAAGGCACAGGCUGCGCAGGCCAAGGACCAGGGCAACAGUGCAUACAAGGCACGCCAGUUUGAGGAUGCCCUUGAGCACUACAGUAAGGCAAUCGAGCUGGACCCCACCGACAUUACCUUCUGGAACAACAAGUCUGCCGUGUACUUUGAGAUGGGUAAGUACGAGGAGUGCAUUGAGACCGCGAAACAGGCUGUCGAUGUCGGCCGCGAGAACCGCGCUGAAUAUAAGCACAUUGCCAAGGCCAUGGGCAGAAUUGGCACUGCGUACAGCAAGGUUGAUAACCUGGACAAGGCCAUCGAGUACUACAACCGCUCUCUGACCGAGUUCCGCUCGGCCGACGUGCUGACCAAACUGCGCGCUCUGGAGAAGCUGCGCAAGCAGCGCGAAGAGGAGGCAUACCACGACGAGGCAAAGUCCAACGAGGCCCGUGAGCGCGGAAACGAGCUGUUCAAGGCUGGCAAGUUUGCUGAGGCCCAGGCCGAGUACUCCGAGGCCAUCAAGCGCAAUCCAAAGGAUCCUCGCAACUACUCGAACCGCGCUGCUUGCCUGACCAAGCUCCUGGCCCUGCCCGAUGCUGUGAAGGAUUGCGACGUCUGCAUUAGCCUUGACCCAACCUUUGUCAAGGGCUACAUCCGCAAGGCCAAUGCCCUGUUCAUCAAGCGCGACUAUGCCGAGGCGCUUGACGCGCUGGAGGAAGCCAAGCUGCAGGACAAGGAUGGCAAGAACACGAUUGAGAUCAACCAGAUCGACGCUAAGUGCUACAAUGCCAUCAAUGAGCGGAACUCGCGCAUCUCUCCCGAGGAGGCCAUUAAGCGCGCCCAGGAGAACCCGAAGACCGCCGCCAUCCUGGCCAACCCAGUCAUGCAGAACAUUCUCCAGCAGAUGCAAAGCGACCCUCGCGCCGCUCGCGAGCACCUCAAGAACCCGGCUGUCGCCAGUAACCUGCGCAAGCUGAUUGCUGCUGGUAUUGUGCGCAUGGGCUAACUUCAAACGUCAAUUUUUUAUUCUUUUUAUAGCAGAUUUAUGGUUUAAGCAGUAAAAUAUUUUAGAACUUAAAAUUAUAUUAAUUUUUCAUUGCUCA